UUUACGUAAUUUUUAUUUGGAUAGAAAAGGAAUUUCUGUCAAAAAAAUUUACGGACAAUGGCAGGAAAAAGUCCAGUAGAAUUAUUAACGCCAGAUCCAAAUCGAAUUCCUUCCUUUCUUUCAGAUAAAAUUGUUCCAAUAAUAUGUGGGGCAUUAGGUUUUGGAUGUGUAUGUUAUGUUAAUUGGGGCAGUAGGCGACCCGUUUUCAGCGGUGUUCAAAAACAUGUUUUGGCUUCGACAAUAGGAGUUGUUCUAGGAAAAAUAGUCGAUCAAAAACGUAAUGAAUAUUUGUCUGAAAGGGAUGCGGUUUUACGCCAUUAUAUUGAGUUACAUCCUGAAGAUUUCCCUGCACCUGAACGGAAAAAAUUUGCUGAUAUUCUACAACCAUGGAUCCCAAUACGAUAGACAUUUAAAAAAAUUUUCGUAGAAGUUUUGCAGCGUAUAAUCAAUUCCUUGUUAAUUUAUCAUUAUAAGAUUGUAUAUAUAAAAUAAAUUAAUUGAAAUAUACAAUUUA